AUGGUAUUCCAAUUAGAACUCUACAUCGUUAUAUUAAAAAAGGGGACCAAAAACCUAGGAAGGUUUAAACCUGUUUUUUCAAAAGAGCUGGAGCGGAAACUUUGCGAUCUUGCAAUGGACCGUGAUAUGCUGUUUUAUGCUUUAACAAAGCAAAGUCAACAACAAUUAGCUUUUGAAUUGGCGAAAGUAAAUAAUAUACCGCAUCUGUUUACAUGUGAAAAAGCAGGAAAGGCAUAG